CGCCCAGGUGAGUUUGAUCACGCCCACUCCAGCAGCCCACGGCGACGCCGCUGCCGCCGCUCAUGAGAUUCCAGUUGGGUUCCCAUGGUGUCUGUGCUAUCCGGGCCUCUUGGUAUUGAAAAGUAAAGCAAUGUGUGUGUUUGGUCGACGGAAUACAAAGUGAAACGGACUUGCUGGAUAUUCAAUUGGAUUCCUUCACGCCUGAGGUUUGACAGUUCGCCUCUGUAAACGUAAGGCGUGCUUGUCAGCGAGUGAGUAGAAUGGCAUAUUCAGCCCCGGAAGAUGAGUGUGGAUGUUCUUGUGCUGAAGGUGAUGAUCAAGUCAGUGAACAAGCUGAAGUUGUCUUGCGUGGAUAUAUUUUACAGUCGAUGAGGCACGACAAUUGUCCAGGUGUGAACAUCAGUGCAGAAGAUUUGGGUGGAUCUGAAAGUGAAAUCGCAAAUCCCGAAGUAAAGGACAUAGUACGAAGUUUGAUACAAAUUGGAGAUGAACUAAGCAGGAACACUGAACUUGAGUAUCUUAUUGAACACAUUGAAUUUAGCUCAGCACGGGAAGUUUUUAAUGUUGUGGCCAAGAGAAUUUUUGAAGAUGGAAUUAACUGGGGCAGAGUGGUCGCCCUUUUUCAUUUUGCUUACAAACUAAUAUGCAAGGCCAUAACUUCAAAUUGCAAAGAGAUAGUUAGAAGAGUAAUGUACUGGGCUUUAGGAUUUUUUAGGACCCGCAUUUCCUGGUGGGUUAGAGAACAAGGAGGAUGGGGAGCAGUUCAAAGCUAUUUUCAAAGUCUGAACUGGCAAAAUGUUGCACUGUUUGUAGCUGGAAUCCUCACUGGCGCUAUGACGUAUUGGAAAAUGUCUUAAUGAAAGAACAAGAUAAAGAACUGUACUCUUCAUGCGUCAUGUGCAUGGCAAAAGCUAAAACCCAAAGAUCUUCAGAAGAACCUUACAUAAAAAUAUCAUGUUUGAGUGUUAGGCCAGAAACUGAUUGACUGUAUUUUACAAAACUCCUCUCCACUGUAGAUUUUCACCCUGAGAUUUUGACUGAUCAUGGGUUGGCCUCUGUGCAUGGAAUAGGACACUGUUUUUUAGGUGGGUGUCUGAUUAUCCAGUGUUUAAUUGACCCUUGCAUUAUUCUGUGAUGUUUUUACAGAUUGUUAUCUUUUUUAUUUACAAAGGAUAAAAUCAAUUCUGAAGCUUAAAUAUGAUGCAAAAUUUUAGUUUUAAAAAGAGCGUAUAUACUGUAUUACCAUCAAGUUUCAAGUAUUUAACAUUUAUAUGGUAAUAUGAUUCUCAGGACAGUUGUGUUGACAAUAGCUUUAUAUUUUUUAUUUUAUUAAAAAUAUCGAGGUUUCCCUUCCACAGUCUACUGUAGUGUAGUUGAUGCUAUAAAACACUGGCAGUGUAUCUGUAUGUCUUUGUGAAGUGUGGAGAGCUGUGCCGUUUUUAGGAGUGAAGAACUGGUCUUGUUUAUACUGCCUGAAUUCAUACCUUGGAGGAAAAUGGCAAUAUGGUGUAAGAAAUGGUAAUUGUUAUACAUCAUGACAGAAAUUUGGGAGAUGAUUACUGCGGGAGAUGUAGAAUUAAGGUAACCAGUGCCUGCCUCGCUUAGUUUUCAUUGGCAGUACAAAACUAGCCUAACAGAAAUAAAGCUUGAGAAACCUGCUUAAGGAAUUCUGAUUUUUGUACAUAUUUCUUAAAAUAAACAUUUUUAUUGCCUGUGAUUCAUUUUCUUUUAGUUAGAUACACCCCAAUUAAUGUGUUUUAAUGUUUAUUGCCUUUUAUUGGGUGUCAUACAUCACUGGUACCUAAUGGUUUUUGUUCUUUUUACAUUUUUCCACAAGCCUUGGGAGAAAAAUAAAAUUGUUUUUUUUUUCA